AUGCUGUGUGCGCUUAAUGUUGAUUCUUUCAAAUUUGUUGCGCUGAAAAAGAACACUGGCCCCGUAGAGGAGCGUGCACGUGAUUGGUUCUAUGCUCCGUGGCUCUAUCGCCUGGACUACACGAGUGCUGGGGAGAGGAGUUCGAUGAACUUUACACGAACCCGCAAAUUGUGGGAGCACAUCGUGUCCAGCCAGAUCGAAACGAGAACUCCUUACAUUCAAUACAUGGUGAAUUACUUGUCUUUCAACAAGAAGGUGCUGUUCCGUUUCGCUCAGGAUGCUUGCAAUCGGAAGAGCAACCAGCAGAACCUCGGCAUUCUAAUCUAUGCACGGAGAUUGUGGAGUACUCCAGUAGCCGUAUGUAAUCUUGGUUCGAUUGCCCUUAACAGAUUCGUCACAGAAGACAAGAAGUUUGACUUCAAGAAGCUUCAUGAGGUGCUAACCCGUAACUUGAACAAGAUUAUCGAAGUCAAUUACUACCCCGUUGAAGAAGCACGACGUUCCAACUUCCGUCAUCGGCCGAUUGGACUUGGAGUACAGGGACUUGCUGACGCCUUCAUGCUGAUGCGCUAUCCAUUCACGUCGCCUGAGGCCUCGCGAUUUGAACCGCAGGAUCUUCGAGGUUGCCUGGUAUUUAAGGGAAUUCUGCAGUUCGAUAAGUGGAACGUUAAGCCUACGGACCAAUAUGGUGUUCGCAACAGUUUGUUGAUUGCUCCAAUGCCAACUGCGUCCAAUGUCAAGUUUGUAUAA